UGACUAGUUCUUUAAUGAUGUUUCAAACAUGGCGGUAAACAGUGGAUGGCUGGAACUUGAAAGCGAUCCAGGGCUUUUCAGUUUGCUGAUCGAGGAGUUUGGCGUCAAGGGAGCUCAGGUGGAGGAGAUUUACGAUUUAUCCAAGCCAUUUAGAGGGCCUGUUUAUGGAUUCAUUUUCCUUUUUAAAUGGAUUGAAGAAAGAAGAUCAAGACGUAAAAUUCAACCCUUAGAGGAGAUGUUUGUGGAGGAUGAAGAGAUCAUCCGAGACAUAUUUUUUGCCCAGCAGGUCAUCCCAAACUCAUGUGCUACUCACUCGUUACUGAGUGUUCUUCUUAAUUGUACUCAUAUUCACCUGGGUGAAACUCUCAGCAGGCUGAAGGAGUUUUCUAGUAAAUUUGACCCAGAGAACAAGGGAUAUGUGAUUGGUAACUUGCCAGAACUGGCCAUGGCUCAUAACAAGUUUGCUAGACCUGAGCCAAAGCUUUUGCCAGAGAAAACCAAUGCUGUGUCAACUGGUCGUGCAAUGGAGGCUUUUCACUUUGUUAGUUAUGUACCCAUCAAUGGUCGACUGUUUGAGCUGGAUGGACUCAAACCGUAUCCAAUUGAUCAUGGUCCUUGGGGGGAGAAUGAAGAAUGGACAGAAAAAUUCCGCAGAGUAAUAACUGAAAGGCUGGGAAUAGCGACUGGAGGUGAACCUUACCAUGAUAUCAGAUAUAACCUGAUGGCUGUGGUUGCUGAUGGAAUGACAACAUGUGAAGAAAAGCUGAAAAGUUUGAGUAUAGAAAGGGAAAGCAUAUUGGAAUCACUAAAGAAGUUUGAUCCUGCUACAAGGACUGACUCUGCUACCCUAACAGCAACCGAGUCUGGCUCCACAGAAAAAUACCCAACCCAAGACAAUACACAGCCUGCUACGACUACUACUACAACUACAGCUGCUGUAGUGACUGUUACACCAACUGUAGCCAUGACAACGUCAGGGGGUAUCACCACGAAUGUUACCAUGGAGACCACACCUAACAAAACCUCAAAUGACUCUGAGACCUCCAAACUACGAGAGGCAAAUAAAGGGAGGUCCGAAACGCGAACAGGGGACAACGAACAAGUAGAGGAGAAGGCGAAUCAAUCGUCGGCGACUAACGACAACUCGGCAAUUGACGAUACUUCGGAAAAACAGCUUGGUACAAAUCCUGUAAUUUCUCCCGAGCUGAAGCCUCCAGUUUCACCAACGGGAAGCAUCCAUUCUGACUCGGGAGCAUCGCAAACUGGGGAAACCACAGAAACUGCGCCCUCGGAAGAUCAGGCUGAUUAUGUAGAGACAUUUUCAUUCUCUGAUUCCGAAACUGUGGCCAGCAGUCACGACGGUAGAGCAGGCGCUGAAGAUUCGGCGAGCGACGAAGAAAAUAGGGAGAAAAGUAUUUCCUCAAAUCCAAAAGUUUCCCAGAGAGGUUCAAAGUCCUUAAAUCAAGACGGAGUACACAGCUACGGCUUUUCCAUCCCAUUAAGUGAGCUGGCGAAGAUUUCAGAGGAAAGCCAGUCUCUCGUAACUCAACUUCAUCACGUAGAACGCCAAAUCCAAGCGUGUGAGAAUUCCCUAAGAGAGGAAAAGGAGAAACGAAGGAAGUACUAUGUGGACCACAGCCGACGUACACACGACUAUGAUCCCUUUAUUCGGACCUUUGUAACCAUGUUGGCCGAGCAAGGACAUGUAGCACAGCUUGUGGAAGAACAGACUUCACUAAAGCGACGGCUAGCUCAAACAAGACCUCCCUUAAAACAGCUUAAAAGAGUUUACAAAAGGAGAAAGCCUAGGUGAACUCAAGCGUGGCAGCGGUGAAGGAGGAGAGGAUCCACACGAUGCAGGAAAUUCCUGUGAAUAGCAACAAGAGGGAGGUUAAUAUCAGAGCAAGAUGGGUUCAAUGUAUUUGAGCGGAAUUUUAGUUGUUCAAGUGCUUUUCAAUUGAAUGUUCUUCAAGUUGUCUUUGCGGGCAAGUAAAACAAAGAAAAAUGCGAGAAGUAGCCAUUGAUUUAUCGAAGUUAACUCACUCAACUGGUCUCAAGCGAAAGAAACGACACGGGCAGUAAAUUUGUGAUCGAUUUUAGUUUUGCAUCUGAUUGGUUACAAAAGUGGCCGGAGUUUUUCCAAGCCAAUCAACUAGAUCGAAAAAAAAAAAGUAGGUCAAUGUAAUCUCUGAGUAUAUUCAAUAUUCAGUUGAAAACGGCCCCUAAAAAAGGUGUAACCCGGUAAAUUUUGCCUUGCUAGCCACGUUACGCAAACUUCUCUUCGAAAAUAAAGAAGUUAUUGUUGGAAUUUUUUAUAAAAGCAUUUUGAACGAGAAGGACAUUUUUCGGUGGACAGUAUAUAAGGAAAUCUUUUUCAAUAAAUACUGUAAAUAUCAUUCAUAAAAUAAAACGUCAUGUUGUGUUA